AGAGGCACUAUCAAUCAGUCCUUCUUGAGGACAAGUCCCAUUAACCAACCACUGUCCUAAAGAAAGGGAAAGUAGGAUACCGUAGAGUUUAAGGAAGGAGGAGAAACGGUGUUGGGCGAGCGUGCCGGGGCAGGAAGCAUUCUGGGAGUUGUAGUUUGAGACUGCUGGGUUAGCGGAAGUUGCCUGUGAGCGCGAGUUUAAGCGGGACUCUGGGGUGUAGAUUUCACGCAGCGGCAGCAGUGGCCUGGGAAAGGUGCAUUAUCAAGGGGGCUUUCGGAGGGGUUCCUCGCAGAGUCUCCUCUAGGUUGCCCAGUAUGUGCGGGGCACCGUGGAGUGGCUGCUGGCGCAGGGCCUAGGUAAUGAUCUUCCCAGUCACUCUCUUAGCGUUCCAGUGGCAGCGACGGCCUGGAGGCCGUGCCUUGUCCCGCGCUGCCAUGGAAGUGGCCUUCCGAGGAGUACGAAAAGUUCUCUGUGUGGCGGAGAAAAACGACGCUGCCAAGGGCAUCGCCGACUUGCUGUCUAAUGGUCGUCUGCGGCGGAAAGAAGGCCUUUCUAAAUUCAACAAGAUUUAUGAAUUUGACUAUCAUCUGUACGGACAGAAUGUUACUAUGAUAAUGACUUCAGUCUCUGGACAUUUGCUGGCUCAUGAUUUCCAGAUGAAGUUUCGGAAAUGGCACAGCUGCAAUCCCCUAGUCCUCUUUGAAGCAGAAAUUGAAAAGUACUGCCCAGAGAAUUUUAUAGACAUCAAGAAGACUCUGGAACGAGAGACACAGCAUUGUCAGGCACUGGUGAUCUGGACUGACUGUGACAGAGAAGGUGAAAACAUCGGGUUUGAGAUUAUCCAUGUAUGCAAGGCCGUAAAGCCCGAUCUACGGGUAUUGAGAGCCCGUUUCUCUGAGAUCACGCCGCGUGCUGUCAGGGCAGCCUGUGAAAACCUAACUGAGCCUGACCAGAGAGUAAGUGAUGCCGUGGACGUGAGGCAAGAGCUGGACCUGAGGAUCGGAGCUGCCUUCACUCGGUUCCAGACCCUGCGGCUCCAGCGCAUUUUCCCUGAGGUUCUGGCAGAGCAGCUCAUCAGCUAUGGCAGUUGCCAGUUCCCAACGCUGGGGUUUGUGGUGGAGAGGUUCAAAGCCAUUCAGGCCUUUGUGCCAGAAGUCUUCCAUAGAAUUAAAGUAACUCAUGACCACAAAGAUGGGACCGUAGAGUUCAACUGGAAAAGAUACCGUCUCUUUAACCAUACAGCUUGUCUUGUUCUUUAUCAGCUCUGCAUGGAGGAUCCUAUGGCAACCGUGGUCGAGGUCAGGUCUAAGCCAAAGAGCAAGUGGAGGCCUCAAGCCUUGGACACUGUGGAGCUGGAGAAGCUGGCUUCCCGGAAAUUGAGAAUAAAUGCUAAAGAAACAAUGAGGAUUGCAGAAAAGCUCUAUACACAAGGGUACAUCAGCUAUCCCCGAACAGAAACAAACAUCUUCCCCAAAGACUUAAACCUGGUUGCCUUGGUAGAACAGCAGACCCUGGACCCACACUGGGGAGGAUUUGCUCAGAACAUUCUAGAGCGAGGUGGCCCCUCUCCACGAAAUGGGAACAAAUCUGAUCAAGCUCACCCUCCCAUUCACCCCACCAAAUACACCAGUGGCUUGCAGGGAGAUGAACGGCGACUAUAUGAGUUCAUCGUUCGCCAUUUCCUGGCUUGCUGCUCCCAGGAUGCCCAGGGGCAAGAGACUACCGUAGAAAUUGACAUUGCUCAGGAACGCUUCGUAGCCCACGGCCUUGUGAUUCUGGCCCGUAACUACCUGGAUGUGUACCCCUAUGAUCACUGGAGUGACAAGCUCCUCCCUGUCUAUGAGCAAGGCUUCUGCUUUCAGCCCAGCACUGUGGAGAUGGUGGAUGGGGAGACCAGCCCACCACAGCUGCUUACCGAGGCCGACCUCAUUGCCCUCAUGGAGAAGCAUGGUAUCGGUACUGAUGCAACUCAUGCAGAACACAUUGAAACCAUCAAAGCCCGGAUGUAUGUGGGACUCACCUCAGACAAGCGGUUCCUCCCUGGGCACCUGGGCAUGGGACUUGUGGAAGGUUACGAUUCCAUGGGUUAUGAGAUGUCCAAGCCUGACCUCCGUGCCGAGCUGGAAGCUGAUCUCAAGCUGAUCUGUGAGGGCAGGAAGGAUAAGUUUCAGGUUCUAAGGCAGCAAGUGCAGAAAUACAAGCAGGUUUUCAUUGAAGCAGUGGCUAAGGCAAAGAAAUUGGAUGAGGCCUUAUCUCAGUAUUUAGGAGAAGGAGCAGAUUUGGCCCAGCAAGAAGAGAUCUACCCAGCCAUGCCAGAGCCUGUCCGAAAGUGCCCACAGUGCAACAAGGAUAUGGUUCUUAAGACCAAGAAGAGUGGUGGGUUCUACCUUAGCUGCACAGGGUUCCCAGAAUGUCGGUCAGCUGUGUGGUUUCCUGACUCGGUGCUGGAGGCCAGCAGGGACAGCAGUGUGUGCUCCAUUUGUCAGCCACCCACUGUGUACAGGUUGAAGUUGAAGUUUAAGCGUGGUAGCCUUCCCCCAACCAUGCCCCUGGAGUUUGUUGGCUGCAUAGGUGGAUGUGAUGAGACUCUGAAGGAAAUCUUCGGCCUGCGAUUUUCACGGGGCGCCCCAAGAGCUUCCCAGCCCUCUGGCCACCUGCAGGCCAGCCAGGCCCUCAACAGGAUGGACAGCAGCCAGCAUAGCCUCUCUAAACCUCUGGUCAACAGACAUACUGGACCUUCCAAGGCAGUGGCUCAAACUUUCCUACCAUCCACUGCUGCUGGUGAAAGCAACUCCGUGAUCUGCAAUUGUGGCCAGGAGGCUGUGCUGCUCACUGUCCGCAAGCAGGGCCCCAACCAGGGCCGGCACUUCUAUAAGUGCAGUGGGGGUGGUUGCAGCUUCUUCCUGUGGGCUGACAGCAGCCAUCCCCCCGGAGGGGGAGCCCCUACCUCUGCAUCAAGACCCUCGGGCAACUCCAUGGGAUACCCAUCAGCCUUCGGCAGCAGCGUGGAUGACUUUGGCAGCCUUGGCGGUGACAGUGAGGGAACCACGUCCUGCCUGUGCGGGCAGCCUGCUGUCACACGGACUGUGCAGAAGGAUGGGCCCAACAAAGGACGCCAGUUCCACACCUGUGCCAAGCCACGAGAGCAGCAGUGUGGCUUCUUUCAGUGGGUGGAUGAGAAUGUGGCCCCAGGGAGUCUUGCAGCCCCGCCAUGGCCAGGAGGCAGAGGAGGAGCCCAGAGACCAGAGGCUGCAAGCAAAAGACUAAGAGCUGGUUCCUCAGAUGCAGGAUCUACAACAAAAAAGCCCCGGAAAUGUAGCCUUUGCCACCAGCCUGGACACACCCGCCCCUUUUGUCCUCAGAACAGAUGAGGGCAGGCAAGGUGGAGGGAGGCGCUUAGACCAGGGAAUGAGCUCACUGGGACCAGGUGGCCAUCCACUGUCCUGAAAACCUCAGGAGGCACUGGGUUUUAGAGCUGGCCUUCCUUUGUUGAGGACUACAAAGAUCAGAGACCUCUGGAGAAUCUGGCUGGCUCUGCUGGGUGCUACUGCUCCUAUGUCUGGCUCAGGGGUGACUCUAGCGGCUGCAUUGCUGAAAAUAGAGGAGAUGGUCAGUCAGUGUGUAAGCAGACUGACCUUGUGACCGCCCAGCCCUGACUGUGCGUCCAGCCAACACAGGCUCUGGGCAGCCCAGACGGGACGCUGCACAGCUGUUUGAGAAGUGACUCUCCUAAUGUAUGUGCAGAAGCUUCCGUUCCUGCUCGUCUAGGACACUCGUAGCUCAUGUGCCUUAAUAAAAAAUUGGUCCACUUUUUCUGAUGGUGUGCGGUGUGGGGGUGCGGCAAGAGCCAGUGAAGGCCGAAGGGGCUUCUUCCUGGGACUCUUCCCGGCCCAUCUCAGCGCCCUCCUAUCCCAGUUACCCCUGCUGUGGCUUGUCCCUUGAAGCUGCCAGAAGAGCCGCUUUGUCCUACAGGUGAGAGGUGAGAGGUGAAUUGCUCCUUGAGUUGUUUCCAAGUCUGAACAACAGCCUUUGCUUAGACCAGUAGCCCUCAGCCUGACUGGCAGCAGGGUUUCAGCAGUGAGUUCCUACCCUUGCUCAGUGGGGACAGUUCGCAGCCCAUUUAGGACCUGUCCCUGGUCCACCCCUCACCUGCUGGGCUUACCUGUUUGAUCAUUUCAUAUAAAAAGAGCCUCAUGUGCCUUA